AUGUUUCAAACACCGAAAAGAAAUAAGUUGAGAACUAGAGAGGACAGCGGUAUAAAAUUAACUCCCGACGAUCGAAUAUUAAAAGUAAAAUGCCCGAACUCAGUAGACAAAGGAAGUGCUUUAGCAGAAACAAGACGAGGUAGACCCAAUGCUGAUUUAUUAAAUACCCUGAUUUUGGAGGGAUCCACUUCUCCUAGUUCAAUUAAAUGUAAAUACUGUGGAAGAGUUUUUCCUAGGGAAAAGUCUUUACAAGCCCACCUUAGGACCCAUACAGGGGAACGGCCUUAUAGAUGUGACUACCCUCGUUGCACAAGAAAAUUUGCCCAGUCAGGACAACUGAAAACUCACCAAAGGCUGCAUACAGGUGAAAAACCGUUUAUUUGUGCAGCUCCUAAUUGUACUAAAACAUUUACACAUGCCAAUCGCCACUGUCAAGACCACCCAGACUACUCUCUUAAAAGGCUGAAUGCAAAACCUGAACCUAAUCUUAAUAAAAAGUAUGAUGAAACUCAUAAUGCAGAAGUGAAAGAAUGGUUGCUACAAUGGGAUAAAAGAAAUACAUCUUCUAGUGCCAAAGAAAAUUUUGACACAACCCCAAAAAAAUCCAUGUUUCAGCAAGAUGACUCAGCCUGUUGUUUAGAAAGAUCCUCCUUCUUUUCCAGUAGCUCAAAAUCCAGUUUAAUGGAUGAUAUUGAAAACUCACCAAAGUCUGAUACAGAGUAUAGUUUUAAUGCCAGUAGUUUAGGACAAGAAUUACACUCUUCGCCAAAAAGAACACCUUCAGAAUUGCCUAAAAAACGUUGGUUAAGAGAAGCCGUGCAGAACCAGAAUCUCUGGGAAUCAACUAUAGAUUUAGCCUCACCAAUAAAUUGGGGAGAUGAGACUUAUCCUGAACCUGAGAGGAGGUGUGAAACAGCACAUACCUUUAAUGAAAAACAGGAUCGCCCCUCUGUAUUAGUUUGUGUUCAAGGUGGUAAAAGUAAAGAGAUUUCGAGUGAUGAAAUAGAAGGAGCUAUGGCUCUAGUAGAAUUAAAAAACAGCAUUAACUAUAGGAUUUAG